AUGCCUAGCCUGUUAGAGUCCUCAGCCGAUGGCGAUUUUGGGAAGAAGUCUGUCGUGGCCCUGCAGAAGUUCCUGAACCAGGAGGGCUUCUACUGCGGAACUGAAGAUGGUGAUUGGGGCAACACAACUGAGAAAGCCCUUCAGCUCUUCCUCAAGGAUGAAGGAUAUGAUGUGGACUUCAAAACGGGGGUGAGGGACGGCGGCAAGAACACCGAGCUGUUCCAGCAGUUCCUGCAGGACGAGGAUCAAGACUGCAAGCCUGAUGGGUCAUGGGGCAAGAAAUCUGCCAAAGCCCUCCAGACCUUCUUGAAGAAUGAAGACCUGAGAGAGGAGCCGCCGUUGUACAAAGGCAAGGAGGACGGGGAUAUGGGUGCUGCGACGAUCCUGGCGUUGCAGAAGUUUCUGACGCAACGAGGCUACUCCCGAGGGAUCUAG